CCAUUGAUUUCCAUGUGUCAGACGUGCGUGAAACGCGCUACGGUUCGGACGUGUUUCUUGUGUUUCUCAACAGCAAGUCGAGCAGCAAUCGGUGCGAGCGCCCAAGGACUGAAUACUCUCUGGCCAGAGGGCAGUGAUAACUGCGACGCGAGUGUCCUGCGCAGGAAUUACUCAAUCAGUGGGAAUCAGUGAGAGCAAAGCAGAGCAUCAGUGGAGAGUGUGGAACCGAACCGCAUGUGGGAAUUGAGUGGCUGCCAAAUCAAAUUAAGUCUGUUCUAAAUGCCAAUUAUCGCGAGUGCCUAAUCCAAUUAACAAAAUGGGUCUCGAGUUCUUCUUUAAGUUUGGCUAUGCCUUCCUUACCAUAACGCUCAUCAUCAUGAUCUGGAUGUCGCUGGCCCGCGCCUCGAUGCUCGAUCGUGAGAUGCAGGAGACGCGCUACCCGCCCUGCACCUACAAUGUGAUGUGUACCUGCUCCAAGUCAUCCACUGAUCUGGGCAUUGUACACUGCAAGAAUGUGCCAUUUCCAGCACUGCCACGCAUGGUGAACCAGUCAAAGGUUUUCAUGCUUCACAUGGAGAACACGGGACUGCGCGAGAUCGAGCCCUACUUCCUGCAGUCGACGGGCAUGUAUCGGCUGAAGGUUUCGGGCAAUCAUCUGACAGAGAUACCCGAUGACGCCUUCACGGGUCUGGAGCGUUCGCUGUGGGAGCUCAUACUGCCGCAGAAUGAUUUGGUGGAGAUACCCUCAAAGGCGCUGCGGCACCUACAGAAACUGCGGCACCUGGAUCUGGGCUACAAUCACAUAACGCACAUCCACCACGACUCGUUCCGCGGGCUGGAGGACUCGCUGCAGAUGUUGAUCCUGCGGGAGAACUGCAUCUCGAUGUUGCAGACGCACAGCUUCACCGGGCUGCUCAUACUGGAGACCCUCGACCUGAGUGGCAACAACCUCUUCGAGAUCGAUCCGAAUGUGUUUGUGGACGGAAUGCCGCGCCUCACGCGUCUCCUGCUCACCGACAACAUUCUCUCGGAGAUCCCCUACGAUGCUUUGGGGCCACUCAAGAGCCUGCGCACCCUGGACAUCUCCCACAAUGUGAUCUGGUCGCUGAGCGGCAAUGAGACGUACGACAUCAAGGCCAGCACCAAGUUGAAUCUGGAUAAUCUGCAUCUGGAGUACAAUCAUAUAGAAGUGCUGCCGCCGAACUCCUUUAAAUACUUUGAGACGGUCAAUCGGACCUUCUUUGAUGGCAAUCCCAUACACACUCUGAAGGAGGAUGCCUUCAAACCGGCUAGGAUAAGGGAGAUUUACAUGCGGUACUGCGGCCUGACGAACAUCUCGCCACAGGCCUUUGACAGCCUCGUGAACAGCCUUCAGAUCCUGGAUCUAUCCGGCAACAAUCUGACCAAGCUGCACCACAAGCUCUUCAACAAUUUCGAUGUCUUGAGGGUCAUCAGCAUGCGGGACAACAAAAUCAAGAUACAGAAACCCACCGAAACCUUCAACGCCGUGCACUAUACGCUGCUCAAGCUGGACCUCAGCGGGGAUCGCAAUGAUCCGACCAAUCUCCAGACCCUGCGGAAUAUGACCAGAAUGCGGAACAUGCGCUCGCUCUCCAUCUCCCGGCUGGGCUCUGCCACCGUGGGACCCGAUGACUUUAAGGACUUUGGAGUGGAGCUGGAGGAUCUGCAGAUCACCAGGGCCAGUCUCUCGGGCAUACAAUCGCAUGCCUUCAAGCAUGUGAGGGGUCUGAAGCGUUUGGAUUUUAGUGAGAAUGGAAUUUCGAGCAUUGAGAAUGAUGCGUUCCAUGAGAUUGGCCACUCUUUGAUAUCAUUGAAAAUGUCGCAUGGCUACUCGGGCAGUGCCUUGCCUGCUGAGCCGCUGCGUCACCUCACUUCACUGCAGGAGCUGGACUUUAGCAACAAUCACAUCAGCACCAUGAGCGAUACGAGCUUCCAUUUCUUGAAGAAUUUACGAAUGCUGGAGCUGCACGACAACCGCAUCGAACAGGUCCUCAAGGGCACCUUCCAGGGCGACAUUCACACCAAAUUGGAGGAGAUCUCGCUGCGUUUCAAUCACCUCACAUCCAUCUCGCAGCACACAUUCUUCGAUCUUGAGGCGCUCCGUAAGCUGCAGCUGGACGACAACAAAAUCGACAAGAUCGAACGUCGUGCCUUUAUGAAUUUGGAUGAAUUGGAGUACUUGAGUUUGAGGGGAAAUAAGCUGAGCAAUCUGGCGGACGAGUCCUUCCAGAAUCUGCCCAAACUGGAGAUCCUGGACAUGGCCUUCAAUCAGUUGCCGAACUUCAACUUUGACUACUUUGAUCAGGUCGGCACGCUGUCCAAUUUGAAUGUGAAUGUCAGCCACAAUCAGAUUAAGCAGCUGAUGUACAACUCUUCUUGGAGCGGAAGGAAUGAGCAUGGUGGCAUGUACCACUCGAACAUCAAGAUCUUGGAUUUGUCCCACAACAAUGUAUCCAUCAUUCAUCCGGGCUACUUCCGUCCCGCUGAGAUCUCGCUGACACACCUCCAUUUGGGCUACAACUCUCUGAUGAACACCACGCGUGAUGUGUUUGGCAACAUGCCCAACCUCCAGUGGCUGGAUCUCAGCUAUAACUGGAUCCAUGAGCUGGACUUUGAUGCCUUCAAGAACACCAAGCAGCUGCAGCUGGUCUAUUUUGCCCACAACUACCUGAGUGACAUACCACAGGAUAUAUUCAAGCCGGUUCAUGCCCUGCGCAUCGUUGACUUCUCGCACAAUCAUCUGCGCGGACUGCCCGACAAUCUCUUCUAUAAUGGUGGAAUGGAAAAACUGGAUGUCUCGCACAACAUGCUCUUGAAGAUCCCCUCUUCAUCGCUGUCCAGCUUGGCUGCUUUGACGCUCUGCGAGCUGCACUUGUCCAACAACUUCAUCUCCACCAUCCACAGCAUGGAUCUGUCCAACAAGUUCAGGUCCCUUCGCUAUCUGGACAUCUCCUAUAACUAUUUGCUGCGCAUCGAUGAUGCCGUCUUUGCCACAAUGCCCAGGCUGGCCGUGCUGGACCUCUCCCACAAUCGAGAUCUCAAAGUAAUGGACAAAUCGUUUAUGGGCCUGGAAACUUCACUGAUCAAGCUGGGCAUGGAGAAUGUCUCCUUGAGCACAGUUCCAGAGAUUCGACUGAAGUAUUUGCGUGAGUUCCGACUGGGCUACAACGAGCUGCCCUCGAUCCCGCAGGAGUUGGCCCACAAUAUGAGCAACCUGCGCAUGCUGGACCUCUCCAACAAUGAUCUGACAAAUGUACCACUGAUGACACAAUCACUGCCGCAUCUAAGACGCCUCAUGCUGUCAGGCAAUCCAAUCACCUCGCUAAACAACAACAGCUUCGAUGGCGUCAACGAGGAUCUCGAGAUGCUGGAUAUAUCAAACUUCCGGCUGCAUUACUUCGAAUACGGCUGCCUGGACUCCCUGCCUCAUUUGCGAUCCCUCAAGCUGACGGCCUACUCCCAUCUGGAGCACUUUAACAUUCCCCAUUUGCUGCGGCAUCAUUACAACAUUCGGGAGCUGUGGAUCGAGGCCCCACAGCCAUUCACACGCAUCGUGAAGAAGGGCUCGGGUCCCACACAGGAGAUGCAGACCCUUCAGCUGGGCAAUCCAACCGAUCUGCAGCGGGAAAUGGAGGGACAUCUGCCCUCAAAGCUGACGAACCUCACGUUUAGUGGCCCGCAGUUUGGUAGUUUGAAUGAACACAUCUUGAAGGGCAUGCGAUCUCCCUACCUGUACAUGCAACUCUUCAACACCUCGCUGCAAGCACUGCCGCCGAAUUUCUUCAAGCAUAUGGGUCGAGUGCGUAAUAUCUCGCUGGACAUUCGCUACAAAAAUCGCAACCUAAAGAAGAUACCAAAUCCAAACACAGGCCAGGUGCCCUAUCUGCCCAACAGUGUCUUCCUGACUGACCUGAAGAUGUCCCACACGGAUCUCAACUGCGAUUGCGAUUUGGGAUGGGUCGAGUUCUGGCAGCGCAAGCGACGGCAGUACAUUUGCUCAUCGCAGACCUGGACCGACACCGUCUUCCGUACGUUCAUGAACUCUCCCUGCCAGGUGUACGGACGCCACAAUUGCGAUGACCAUGACGAUGAUCUGCGCGAGACGCGCUGCGAGAACAAGGGCGGUCAACAGCUCAUGGAGGCACUCAAAUUCGAUUUGGAAUGCGGCUGGGAUAAUGCCAAUUGCCGGGAGGCCGCCUUCGUGGUGGUGGCCGUGUGCGUGGCCAUGGUCUUUUGGAUGUGACUUCUGCACUUUGCAUAUAAGACGUCCACCGACUUUUAUAACAUUCUAGAGCAAGUCUAUGGCAGGCCGGUCAUAUAGAUUCUUCGUUGGUAGCCUGCCUGCCAUAUAGGGUUUAAGCGUGAUGAUGAUGACGAUGAUGAUGAGACUUUUGCCUCUUUUGAAUCCUUUGUUAGUGUUUUUCUCUCAACCUUCUCUCGACCUUCUAUCCGCUUUAGGGUCCUUGGUAACGCCUUAUAUGUAUGUAGUACUCUCUCUCCACACCUAGCACUUAAAACCAAUCACUUUAUUUAACCACCAAACAGCCAUAGUUCACCGCAAAGCACCGCAUAGAUCCAUCUCUCUAGCUUCUACUCUUCUGUCUGUCUCUUCCAUGUGUAUGUAUACUUUAUAUUUGUAGUCUAUUUAAUCCAACUAAUUUUAACCUAUAUAAUUACCAACCCAUGACACUUUUCUGUACUUCUUUUAUAAGUUGGUUCACUUCGCUGCUUGAACGAUUCCAAAAUGAAAGUCUGUAAAAUGUUUCAUAAACAUAUAAUAAAUAUUUACGGUAGGUUAAGUU